CUUGGAAAUUCGAAUCCGUGUGAAACCAUAUCAAUACAUCAUUAUGAGCCAUUUGGUCUCAAAGUUAUAAUUUAUUUUCUAAUUGUUUCACUCAGCAUCCAAACUAUUGCAUUUAAAAAAUGGAAGAGUCGACAAAUGACAGUGAAAAAUCUAUUUCAAUGGGACCAGCAGACUUGAUCAGCCGUGAUGAAGCUAGCAACGAACCCAACCAUUAUACCAUAUCGGAUUCGAGUUUUAUAUCACCUACCAGAAACCAAGUGAACCAUGUAAUGGGCAGCUUGUCUCUUUCUUCAAUCACUGGAGGAGAAAUCAGCCAAGUUGUUAAUUUGCAUGCUGCAUUUUCCCCAGAUGCAGAUUUCAGGCCAGACAUACUUAUGUCUACAGUUAAUUCUCGGCAGGCUUCUACUUCACAAGAUGACCUAAGUAUAAGUAUGGGACCAAUACCCGGUUUUAAUUUUGCUCAUGAAACCCAGUGUGAUGAGUAUUCAGACCAGCAAGAACAACCAUUGACAAGUCUUGUUGCCAACAUAGAAAGGCUAGAAGUAAAACGAAAUAUUCAACAGCAGCCAAAUCCGCCAGUUACAGUUGGCUCAAAAAGUAUUCAAACAGAUGAUUUAAAAUGUCACAAAUGUGAAGAGCUACACAUACUCUACAAUCGAAAACUUCUGGAAGUAGCCAAUGAAUUUCAGCAGCAGUACACCUCUCAAUUUCAAAUGAUUGAGCAACAUGUUGUGGCAUCUGAUCAGGCUCAGAAGCAGAUAAAGGAUUUAACAGACCAGCUUGAUGCUGCAGAUAAGCAAUUAAAGUCGAAUCGUGCGUUUUUGGAGCAGCAAGCGAUCGAAAGAGAGCAAGAAAGAGAAGAGGCUAGUGAACAACAGAAAAAACUAGAAUGUCUCUUAGCGGAAAAGGAAAAGGAAUGCGAAAGGAUGAAAGUCUCCACUUCCCAACUAUCCCAUGAUGUUCAACAACUUCAAACAGUUCUUAAAGAGAAAGAUCAAAUUCUCCAGGAUCAGCUCGCUGUUCAGCAGCGUUUAGAGCAACACAAUCAAGUUUUACGUAAUAACCAGGCCGAAAUGGACGAAGAAAACAGUAGCUUGCAAACUGUUUUAGAUGUCAAAGAUCAAUUGCUCAAAGCUCAAUCCGAACAAAUCACUGCAUUGCAGAAUGAAUUGGAAAAUCAUAUGUAUGCUCAGUCGGAGACGGAAAGAGAAAGUGACGUUCCUGCGAGUCAUAAAGCUGAUUCAACACUGCAAGAUGUAGUGGACACUUCUCUUCCAGUGACAGCCGGCGAGAUGCCGUCAUUGUUUGAUGAACUCCAGCAGCUAAUUUUCCGACUCCUUCACAAAGUGGACAACAGCACGCGAGCGCUGGAAGCAGCUCAGGCAACUAAACAAAAGAGAACCAACAACAAUUUACUGAGCCCAAGAACUCAUAUAACUCCAUCAACUAGCACGGAGGAUAUAUCUAUCAAGGAUAGACAUCCCAGGGAUAUCCGUGACAAUAGUCCGUCACCGACUAAUGGAGAAAACUGCCAAAAUGAUCCAGAACGUGCCAUCAAUUUUCUGCAGCAGCUAGAUGGAAAACUGGCCGUUUUGAGUCGGAUAGAAGAGGCUGCCUGUAAACGAAUAGCAGAUCUGGAGGCUGAAUUACAACGAAUAUCUCAGUCGGAAAAGCGUAGCAUUUCUAGAGCAGCCGAAUUGGAGCAACAAUAUCAGCAACAUCAAUUAUUGCUACAGGAUGUCGAUGCCGAAAAACAUGAGCUUCAGAUGGAGCAUACCGAUCUUUUGAAACGUAUUUCUUCUUUGGAAAAUCGACUUGAAGAGCAAAGACGGUCAGCUGCGCUUGGCGCAUCCCAAAAUAUUCACGCCGAAAAGUGUCGUGCCCUUUCGGAGGAAAAGCAGCAACUUUGCUUGAUAGUUCAAGAGAAGGAAGAAUCUCUUACUAAUAUGCAAAAGGAGAUGGGCGAAUUGUAUGAGCGAAUUGAAAAACUGAUGAAAGCCGUUCAAGAAAAAGAAAAAGAACAAGAGUUUUCCAGGCGGAUCCAAGACGACUUUUCCCAAAACAGUGUUGAACGUUUGAGGGAUGCUCCCCACCAAGACGGUAGCAUGACCUGGUCCAAACUCGGCGCCCAAAAUUCCCCUGUUCCUCUCAGUCCGAUAUACCAACAUCAUAUGCAGCAUCAAAACCACCCUGCAGCCCAGUUCAAACAUCAAGAGACGAUUCAUGCACUCACCUUAGAACUGGGUGAGCUCAAAGAAAAACUGAAAAAUUCGGAGAGAGAGCGGCAGGUUUAUGAAGACGAAGCGGCUUGUAACGCCAGUCGAUUGGCUCAACUUGAAUCGCUUGAGCUUCGUAAUGCCGCGUUAGAUGACAUGGUAGACGAAGCCGAUCGACAAAAAGAUGAGUAUCAAGCGCGUUGUACUCGCCUGGAAAAGGAUUGGGAAGAUUGUCAAAAUAAGUUGCAGGAGCUCGAAAUCGCUCGAGAACGUUGUGUUGCCCUGGAGAAGGAACUAAACCAGCACAAGGUUAUGACACAGGAGUUGGAAGCAUCACGUCUGUCAUGCAAGACCUUGAAAAAGGAAUUUUCUGAUCAGAAGUUCGCCAGCGAAACAGCGAUCGAUCAACUGCAAAAACACUGCAAAGAAUUGGAAAUAAAUCUGUCUAAUCAAAGAGAUUUAACUCAGGAAUACGACAUAAUGCGUCGAAGGUGUUUAGCUCUUGAAACAGAAGUUGCAGCUCAGCGUGGUACCAUCACAGCUGUAGAAAUUUUUCAGCAACGAUGCGCCUCAUUACAAGCUGAUCUGGUAUAUCACCAACAAACAGCCCAACAACAGUCCUCAGCAUUAAAAGCUCAGCUGGAUUCCAAGGAAAAGACGCUCAGUGAUUUGCAAGCAAAGUUGAAACUAUCAGACAGUUGCAAAGCAAAAGUGGAAGAAGCUUUGCAAAACUUGCAACGUGAAGUCGAAGCGAUUAAAGAGGCCCAGCAGCUACAGCAGAAAGAGAAACAUGUUCGAACGGCCGAUCCCAGAGAUUUGUCAUUAGAAGGUCAAACAGCUCCGCCCGAUUUACUGGCACCAUCCUUUGUAGAAUUUUUGGGAAGUGCGACGAGCAGCCGCUGCAGCAGUCGAGCAACUUCCAUUCGUAACGGAAGUCCGGCAUAUCGUACGGCCGAAUUCAGCACCUUUAAUGAUUUGUCUUUGCCCAAUUCCAUGAUGGGGAAAACGGCUCUUAAAGAGGUCCAAAGAGAAAGCGAACAGCUUUUGGCUUUUGGUAAACAUAUGCUCGAGAUGCAACAGAACGCAGCUCAGCAGAAAAUAAGCCGAUUACCAGCAACCAAUCAGAACGUAGAGGAUGAUCUCGAGACAACGUUGAAACCUGACGGGGACAGUUUUGUCGUUACAAUUAAUCCAGUUGAAGUUGAAUUGACAAAGAAAGUGCAGCUGCUCAGAACGGAACUCGCAAUGGAGAGAUUGCUGUUGCAAGAUCAGCGUACAACUAAUACUCGCCUACAACAACAGGUGAUGCAAUUGCUUGCGCAACAGAGAAACCAGCCGGUAAAAACCCAACCACCUCAAAAAUCAAUUUCAGCGUACCGAUCUCUUCCACCCGAACAAGCCAGCAAGUUCCACCAGUAUCGCGCUCUCAAAUUGGAGAGUAUUCGAAAGAAUUUAGUUUAUCAGAAAAAGUUUCUCUCGGCAAUUGUUUGUGAGUGGGAUCAAAAUCAUAACCGGCGGAUAGAGAUUGCAUCGAAGAAUCCCUUACGUCGUUUCAGGGUCGCCGUUUUUGCCAUCAUAUCGAUUGAAAGGAUGCGCUACAUCGCGAAACAGUGGCGCCAAAGAAGACGGGCGAUCGAAGCUCGGCCUUCAACUGACUGAAAUGUUUCCGAAUGUUUUCCCAUUCCAAUGGAUUUUUGGCCGCCGCAUACAAACCCUCCCUAAGGAGGCACAGGGAACGAUGAGAAACCAAUAGAUUCCUCUUUCAUUUGCUAUACGGCCUU